AUGAUUCCUUUUAUACUUUCAAUCCAACGACUAGAUUCUGGCACUCCACCAGAUAUCUUAGUCCCCAUAGUUAAAUGUGCGUCGUCUGGAUUGUUAGUUUCUUGUCUUUCUCGAGAAAAUAAUAUUGUCUCAAUCCCAGAACAGAUUGAUAACCUCCAAAGUUCUGUGAAAUGCUUGAAACAACAAAAUUAUACAGUAAUUCUCGGAAAUUUCCCCACAAGUUCCUAUAUUAUCAAGAAAAGCAAUCAAACUCUCGAAAAACAAGAAGCAACAAGCAAAUUUAACUUAAAAACCAAAAUAAAUUUUUCAAUUAACUCAUUUUCUAGGAUCAUAAUAACUCUCUUCGUUUCGAUUUUAAUUUUGCGAUUUUUAAUUUUGUAUUUUCUUAUAUUACGACGUGAAAUCGUAGGCGAUUAUCAAUACAAAUUUUUCAUUAUCGAUAAUAAUGCAAACUAUUAUCCAAAAUCUUUAUCUUUUCCCUAUUUAUCGAAAGAUGAAUUACUAAAUUUAGUUCACGAAACGUUUGAAACGAAAAAGAACACCUACAGCAUGCUUAAAUCGGAUAGAGUCAAUAAUAUUACAUGCCAUUUGGUUCUUUUCCCUACAACUUUUUCAAAUUAUCUCCUCGUACUUUAUAUCGACAGUAACUUUGAAGAUGUAAGCUCUAAUGACAAUAUCGAUAUCCGUAACUCUCAUGAGUUCAGAGAUGAUCGCGUUGAUCCAGAAUUCAUCAAAACAUUUACCAAGAAGAGCGAAGACCUCAGCGUCAAGGUCUGUGCAGUCUCUGAUACAGCGGAAAUCGAAAUAUUCCAAGAUAAAGCCGAUACAAAGCCUACACAACAAGCAAUUACAUUACAGGUUUUAUUCAUGCUUUACUACAAACAAAUAGAAGCUUUAUUUAGUGGUUGUAACGAUUUCAUUACGUUUAAGAAGCUAAUUUUCAAUUUUAUGGAAACAUUCGAUUUCGAAGCUGUUGAAUUGUUCCAGGAGAGUAACGAUUCGCUUUCUGAGAUCGUAGAGUUCCAUACGAACCAAGAAUCUCAAGAUAUUACGCGCGAAAUUCUUAAAUUAUACAAAGAAGACGGAACAAAACGCGUUAAGCUCUUUGGAAAGAAAGCAGCCUUAUUUACAACAGAAUGCACUGAAAUGCGUUACUAUUUUAUCAUUGUUUUGUCUCAAUGCGAAGUAUAUCACGUUGAUCUCGAAACACAGCUUUCAUUCUUAGCUUUACAGUAUAUGACCUUUUACCAUAUCAAUUUCUCGCCUUACAGAAUGGACGUUCUUCGUCACAGAUUCAAGAAUUUGAUCAGUUUGAUGAAAGAACCAAUUUACAUCGAAGUCAAUGCAUCGGAGCGUCCAGAAAUACCUGAGAAUGCUAAGGAAGGAGUAUUGGUCUCAACAGAUGACAAUAAAUUCAUCCAAAUUUAUUCCGAAACGAAUUACGAUGAAAUCCUUAACAGCCCAAUCAAAUCAGCCUUGAUUAUUGAUAGAACAUCCUACCAAAAGACGAAACAGGCUCUAGAAGCAGCACAUAACGAUCAACAGUUAAUUAGAUCUUCAUUACACCUCCACAAGCUCAUUACACCACAAAAACUUGCAGAUAACACAUUGCAAAGAGAGCUUGGCUUCAAGGAUGACAACCUAAACCUCUUAGAUCUCGUUGUUCCUGAAGAUGUUCCUGAUGUAAAGAUGAUGAGUGAAAAAGUGAAGUGUUUCAGACUUAGAACGAGCGAAGGCGAAGAAUUAUUGUAUUCUGGCAUCGCCAAUGAAACAGUUAAUGGAGAAUUCGUUGGAUAUGUUUUCAAGAUGCAAAAUACAAUAACAAACGAGAACGAUAUCAAUUCUUUGAUAUCUCCAAGUAUCAUGAAGUACAUUGCCAUAUGGUCUUUCGAAAGAUCUACGGGAAAUAUCUUAUUAUCUUUAUCUACUCAAACAAACAUCAAGAAAAUCGAUGAGCUCGCAUUGUCAAUGGAAGAAAGCCAAAGACAAAUAUUCCUUGGCUGUAUCUCGUCCGUAUCUCCUCAAAAUACUCCAAAAUGCGUUGUUCAUUUCUUCGACCCGAACGUUAACGCAUACGUAUGGUUCGAAUUUGCCUUCUUCCAGACAACGCCAUCAGCCGUCCUAGUCAUAGCCCUUAACGUUGACGAGACAAAGAAUACAAAUGACAAAUUGACGGAAGUACAAGAAAUCAUCGACCAAUCGCUAUACCACGCAGAUAUUGUGAAGUGGUCCUUCUACGAGCGCGACACAGAACAGCAUAUUUUCAUGAAUUCUCCAUUGAGUUUUGAGACAUUGCGACUUUCAUGGUCCAGUAUCAACUUCCAAGUUCCCCUCGACUUCCAAGAACGUGCAAGGAAGGCCUUCGAAGACUGUCUGAGGGACGGAACACCAAUUGAAGUUGAAAUUCCAAUUAUCUUCGAAUCUCUUCAAUGGCUUUACCUCAGAGGUGGCCGAGGAGAUGUUCCUGGUACUCUUUUCGGAGUUUACUUCGACACAACGGAGUUAAUUGAAAUGAAGAACGAAUUAGAAGCCGAAAAAGAGUCAGCCAUCGAAGCAUUAUCCGCCAAAACUGAUUUCCUGGCCCGUCUUUCAUCAGAAGUCCGUGAACCAUUGCAAUACAUGCUUGCAGUUUUAGAAUUAAUGUUUAUGCUUCCAUCGAGUGACGAAUUGAAGAAGACUUUGGCAUUAGUCAGAUCCUCAUUUGACAGACUUAGUGAAUUACUGACAGAUACACUUGAUUUGUCUCGUAUCGACUCAGGAAAUUUGACUCCGACUUAUUCAACAUUUGAUUUAAUUGAAAUUUUGGAGCCAAUUGUAAACGAUGCAAGACAUCAAGUCAGAGGCAGAGACAUCAAGGUUUACUUCAACUGUCCACCGCAAGUCGCCUUGAAAUUGUAUGGAGAUCCUUUGAUCAUGAAAAGAGUUGUUUCCAAUGUUGUUUCAAACGCUGUCAAAUUCACAGAAAAAGGAAAAAUAAUCGUUGACAUUUCUGAAGAAACAACCGCCGGAAUAACGAUUUCUGUUUCAGAUACAGGUAUCGGAAUAGCCUUAGAUCAACAAGAGUCAAUCUUUGAUACAUUCACACAGAUUGACGGUUCAAUUACACGUCCUUAUGGAGGAAGUGGAAUUGGAUUAAGUGUUGUCACAAAAUUGAUGAAAUUGGUCGGAGGAAAUGUCAUGGUUUCAAGUGAAAUUGACAAAGGAUCUGUUUUCAAAUUAUUCUUCCCUUACGAUGUCAUUUAUAUUCCUUACGUUCCUGAGUCGAUCAGAUCUAAGAGAUGCUCAUUGGCUUUCGCGUAUCAGCACGUGAUUUCGCCAAUAAUCAAAACUUACACUGAUUUCUAUGGUGGUGAAAUUCAGUUCUACCCGGAUUUAAGCGAUACUCCCCCUUCAAUUUUAUUCAUUAUGCCUGAAAAAGAACAGAAGGAAUUAGCGAGCAAUUUGAAGAAGCAAUACCCUGACUUGAUAGUUAUAACUGUUUACGAUUCCCUUGAUGGAGAGAAUGAGCCAUUGUCUGAUGGAGAAAUGAGAGUAAUAAGACCUCUUCUUCCUUCAGUUUUGAGACAGAUUUUGUUGAGAGCCAAAUCGUUUAAUCCGAAAAUUUCUUCUGCUUCAGCAAAUAUCGUCCAAAAAACGGUUUUCGCGGUCAAAGCGAAUAUCUUGAUGGCUGAUGAUAAUGUCACAUCGCAGAUCAUCAUGUCGAAGAUUUUGGAUAAGAUGGAAUGCACUCAUUGCUGUGUUUCAAGUGGAAGAGAAGUCUUAAAAGAAUUGUCAGCUCAGAAAUAUAAUGUUUUGAUUGUUGACCAAGGUUUGCCUGAUAUCUCGUUGAAGAAUUUGAUGGAUGAGAUAAGAGCAAGAGAUAUACAAGGCGUGAGAGUUAUUGCACUUACUUCUUCCGCUCCUCCUGCAAAUGACUGCGGUGUUGACAUGUUUUUGACAAAACCUGUGUCAAUGGUUGUUUUGGCUGAAGCAAUCAAGAAACAGUUGGAAAUAGAGGCACACAGUAACAAGUAA